ACAGAAACCUGUACUGUAAUGAAUUGUGAUGUAUUUAGGCCUAGGCCCCCUAGUUUACUUCCUUAGUCUUAAAAGGGCCUAAAUAUUCUAAAUAUUAUAUUAUAGAAAUGCAGUCACUGAAAUGAUGGACGUCCAAGAAAGCCCCGAACAAGUGGGCGAAAUUUUAGUAAAGGUACAAGAAGACCUACAGCAGCUGAAAGAUCAUCUUCUGCAAGCAAACACACGGGAUGGUGCUAACAAAGAAAUUGUUGAUAUCAGGGCUCUAGAGAAUGCUAUUGCAAAAACAGAAUUUGGGAUUAAAGCCAGGUCGGAGCAGAUUUUAAAUGUGGUCAACAACAGGGUCACAACACUGCCCUCUGUAGAUACCAAAGGCAAAGUCGGUGAGAUUGUCAGCAAACAAGAAACAUUAUGGGAUCUGACGUCAUCAGAUUUCUCCAACCGCAAGCCAGCUGUUGGAUCAUAUACAAGACGUGCCCUACCUCGAUAUACUGCCAUAGAGCCAACUGGGGCUGGUGGGCCUUUUGGACCAUCACCAGGACAGCAGGCUAAAUUCACUUAUAACAUGAAGGCAUUACAUGACCCAUUUAGCACACAGAACAGAAAAUUAGUGAAUGAAAACUAUGGAAUUUCCCUUCCACUUAUUGUUGAACGGAGACAAAACAAGGUUCCUCUGCAAAAACCAGUUACAGGAUCAAAUGUUGAACACCUUGCAGUUCUGCCACGAGCAAACCGUGUUGAUCCACAACUCAUUCCUCCACCCAUUUCAGAGAAAGAUGCAGGCAAGGGAAUCUUGAGCCUUAUUGAACGAGGGCUCAUUCCACCAGCAGCAGAGUUGACCCUUGACCCUAAUCCUGUUCGAAACAAGGUAGUAACUUUGUUUAGUCCUGAAGAAAAGAAGGAGCACAAGAAUCUAAAAAGUGGGGAUGCAAGCCAAGUUUUAACGUCUGUGAAGCUGGAUCUUUAUACACCUGUGAAGCCACCUCCAGACUCACCACCUGUGAUGCAGUCACGACUGAGCCAGCCUAGAGCUGAGUCUGAAGACCAUGAGAGCAUGUGGGCCCAGUCAACCCCAAGGGCACCAUCCACAAAAUCUGUACGCUCACUUGUACCUGUGAAAAAUAAAGAACCAUUUCCUCCACCAACGACUCCAGCCAGUGAGUUCAAACACCUACAUCAUAGGUUUCCCAUCCAGCACGGCAAAGCGCGCGAAAACUCAAAGGAUUUCUCAGUGUUCAAACAGCACUACUGCCUAUCUUGGGGAAACAUCAGUACCACUUUGAAACUCUUAGAGAAGUUAUUGACGGCUUAUGCAGUACCGUUAGCAUUUGUAAAUGGUGAUAGGCUUGCAGACCUUGCAUUAGAAUAUGAACUAGAAAAAGACCCGUCAAUUCCGGAAUUACUAUCGGUCAUUAUCAACAAAGACGAUGUUGAGGCACUCAUCCGGCGACCGGGUCGCCGCUACCUGGGUCCGAAUGGUGAUCGUGUAGCAGCGACCAAGAUCCAAUCAACAUGGCGUCGGUAUAAGGACAGAAUGGCCUAUCUGGAGUAUCGCCGGAAGAAGUGGGCUGCAGGUGUGAUUGCGAUAUCAUGGAUUAUGAACGUGAAGAUGUCCAAGAUCCGCAAGAAUCUCAAGGCCACAAGAAAACACGAACUAGCAAACUUCAAAGUCCGAUCAGAGCAACUAAAGAAAUCUUGGAGUAAAUUGAAUCAGUCACGGAGAACAGUCAUUCACUUGCCCUCCCUCGGAUACUCCAAGAAGAUCCGAGAAGGUAUCAAUGAGUUCAAUAUUCGGCAAAAUCUACAGAUGGCCAGGCUCUGUGAUCUAAAAGAUGAAAAUGUUGAUGUGAUCUACAUAUCCCCUGUCACCAUCAAUGAUGAGAUUCUUCAGUACUACAAUAAAUUAUUGGGCCUGAAAAAUGCUGUAGAUUCUGGCAAUGUUGAGAACCAGAUGAAUGUGUCAAAUAGGUUUAAGGUUAUCAUCCCAGAGGCCAUCAACAGUUUUCCAAGCCAUAGUAUGUGUUUAGCCUCUUACCUAAAGUACAGCCCAAGAGCUUUGAAGAGGAUUGAGAAUCUGAUUGCUGGUACAGAAGCCUACAUUGUUCCUGGUGCUAUGCAUAAGGAUGAUUUGACCAUUUCUGAAAUUCUAGGCGUUCCUAUCCUGGGUACCGAACCGGAAGUAGCGCACCUGUACUCCACAAAAUCUGGUUCCAAGAGAGUGUUUGCUAGUGCUCAAGUGGAUGUUCCUCCUUCUGAUUAUGAUGUCUACCAUCUUCAACAGAUUCAUGAGAGUUUAGCUCAACUUGUCACCGAGAAUUUAGACGUGAAGCGCUACUUGUUCAAACUUGAUGAUGAAGUUGAUGGAAGGGGAAUUGCUUACUGUGAUGUCACUCCCAACCUGAGGUGCCAUGCAUGGGCUCAGAAAGAAGCAGAGAGAUAUGGAGAGAAAUGGAAGAAAAAGUGGGCACAGGAAGCAGCUUAUAUUAAGAUACAUGCGGAAAUACCUGAUAUUCUUGUCAAGCACUCUCAUCCCGUCAACACCAGUGUCUUCCCAACAUGGCAGAAGUUCCUGGAAGCAUUCCUUAGCCAAGGUGGUGUUAUUGAGGCCUGUCCUCCCUCAGAAAGUGUCACAGCUUUGAGAGUUAACAUGCUGAUUGAACCCACUGGCAAAGUCGUGCUCCUCUCAUCCGGUGACCAGAUCCAUGCCGAGACUCCCUUCAACUGCUGGGGUGUGUCUGUACCUCAGUCGUCCGUGGAACCAGAAGAGCUUAACAACGUUUGUUACAGAGUAGGGCGUAGUUGUCAUCAACGGGGUGUUGUUGGUUACUUGGCUGUCGACUUUGUAACUUUCAUUGAUCCAAGAUCGAUGGAGCAAAAGCUGUGGGCUGUAGACUUGAAUCUAUGGUACGAUGACAGCCUUGCAAUGACCAAUAUGAUGCUGUACUUGACUGGGGGUAAAAUUGACUGCAACAACUGGACCUUAGAUGUACCACCUCAAAAGAAGGAGGUCAAGAAGAGGAGAAGGGGAAUGCCAGAGGAACCCGAAAAUGAAGAGGAAAAAAUAACAAGUCGUUAUGCCGUAAUGAGUACUCGAUUAAGGCAUACAAAUUUAGCAGUGGUGCAUUACAGCGUGUUCUUCCAAAUGUGCCGUGCUCACGGCAUUGGAUUUGACAUUAAGGAACGUCAGGGCAGUGUAUUCACCUUGAUUGACAGCUUCAAGCGUGAGGUGAUGGGAAUGUUGACGGUCGGUGAUCAAUUGCAGAGUGCCCUCGCAUCAUUCGCCCGCAAUCUGUCAAUUAUACACCAGGAGAUCUCUGCCCCUAACAUGCAGGGCGAGACAAACUUUAAGGAUGUUAUCCAUGAUAUUGAGGGAAUUCUUGGUACCACAAUCCAGAAUGUUGACCGUGCAAGAGAGGAGUCUGAGGCUGUUCAGGAUGUUGACUAAUGCGUCUUUCCGUAAACUCACAGCUUAUAACAAAUGAUACCGUACUGUAUUACCAAAGAUCUAAACCCAGUUGCCCUUUCAGUUCAUUAUAAGAAUAUUUUUAUUUAUUGUAAGCAAAUAUAUUAAAAGCUUGUGAUAUAAUGUGUUAGUUUUUAGUGGUGUCCAGCUGAAUAAGCCUAACUAGGUUGAGUGCAAUUCCUAUACACCAUUCUAUCGGGCAUAUUGUGAAAGAGUGCCACCAACGUCUGAAGACUCGCAACUUUUAACUGGGGGGACAUCCAGCAGAGCAGCAAUAGUAAAACAACCAAAAACACUGAAGGUUUUAUGCAUCGCUAUGAAAAGACUAGGCUACAUGAAAGAAAGCCAUGCACCUGUCGCAUACAGUUGAACUUGCCUAAGUCAAAUCCAAAAUGGCAUUGAAAAAUUGUUUGACUUAGAUAAAAUUUGACUUACGGAUUGUUAUUUAAUGGAAAAACAAAAGUUUAGCAUGUAAAAUAAGAUCUACUUAGAAAUUAUUCUUCUUAGGCAAAGUGGACUUAGCAAGUUUAACUGUAUGUAUAAACAUUGGUAUCUAAGUGAAAUGCCUCUGGAUAUCUUCCAGCGUUUGAUGCCAUGUUCUUCCAAAUUUUUAUUUCAAUUUUGGCGAAAAUGGUGUACAGUAUAUACAUACAUUUCACAUUCACUAUUAAUAUAAUAAUAAAGUAUAAGAUGUAUUGGGGUUUUUUUUUCUUUUUUUUUUAUAAAUCAUUACAUAUAUUUCUUAAUUUCUGUUUUACAAAAUUGUAUUUUUACAAUGCUUGUAUAUACUCCGUAUAUUUUUAUGGUAGAAAUUUAUAUUUUGAUGUGCUCUCAUCCCCACCUACACAAUUAAAAAUGACCACAAAUACCAUGGACUGCUUAACACUACAGACAACACUGAGCAAACUGAAGAUGGUUUGCUUGUGUUUAGCAAGUUAGUAAUUAAAGGUAAUGAGUUUUUCAUUCCACAUUAUUUAUUCCAAAAAUGUUCGUAUACUUUUCAGAUAAAUGUAAGGAGUCUUCCUAUACUAAUAGGGUGCUUUUUAAUAUUUAUUAUUCAAUACCACCUUCCAGUACAUUUUUUUUUCCUGUUUGAUUUCCAAUGAAAUUCCAAAAAUAAUUUUUGUACUGUAUAAAUUUUUUUUUUUUGUCAAAUAACCUAAAAAUAAAUCUUGUAAUA